GAGCUCUACCGCCGCCGGGCGCGAGCCGAACUAAGCGUCCGAAACGAGGCGGCGGAUUCAGAGGGUUACGCGGCUUAGACGGGAGCGGUGGUGCAUUUUGUUGUUUGAUAUAUUACGCUAGCUUACGCCCGGAUCGGUGGUCUUACGUUGAGAUCGGUGGACUUAGGACUGGAAGCGGUGGACUUAGCCUGGCUAUCUAGGUUCCAGGUGUGGGCUAGAGCGGGUGUGAUUUUAGAUCGAAUUGGUUCGGAUUGGUGCGGAUUGCUUGGGAGAGCGACGCGGAUUUCACGCGGAGGACUGUGAAAGCUUCCGUGAAGCUGCGGGGAAGCUGGAUGAAGCUGGUUUGAAGCUGGUGUGAGCUUUCGGGAAGCUGUCGGAGAGCUGCGUCAAGCCUGGCCAAGCUCUCCGUGAAUGCUCUCCAAGUCUUCUCGAGCCCCCUGAAGACUCUCCUUCUGCCGCCUCGAGCCUCGCCAAGCCACCCAAGGCUUCCCGAGACCUCCCAUCGCCCUGCUGACCCUGAGGUCAUCCUCAGGUCACAACAUGGAAGGUCUCGCCGCCAUGAACGAGAUGUGUCUCCAAGAACUGGUCCACGUCCAGGAAAACAUGUCAUCCAGCAUACCACCUACGCAUCAACCUCUUCAACCGUCGGUAAAGGCGGGGAUCGACAGCACGACAGAGAUGACGUCACUGGGAGGGGAGCAUGGUCAGACGACACAGACGAGUCAGACGGGUCAGACGGCACAUCAGACGGCGGUCAACGCGGUGUCGACUGUGAGACGGACGCCCAGUGCAGGCGGCGAGCAGCCCCGGGAACAGCCUUCUCAGUCCGUGGACACGACGGAUGAGGCCCGCGACGGAAAGAAGAAGCGUCAGAGACGCCAGCGCACGCACUUCACGUCACAGCAGCUGCAGGAACUUGAGUCGACGUUCGCCAGAAACCGGUAUCCCGACAUGAGCAUGCGGGAAGAGAUUUCGCUGUACACAAACCUCUCCGAGGCCAAAAUUCGGAUCUGGUUCAAGAACCGGCGCGCCAAGUGGCGCAAGAGGGAGCGUAACGCGAUGGUCAUGAUGAACUCCGAUAUCAAGGGCUCCUUCGGCGGACAGCUCAACGGCUUCAUGCAGCCGUUUGGCCAGCCGGACGCUGCGCUAUACUCGGGCUAUCCAGGCUACCAGAACUGGGCUACUAAAGUGCCGUCCCCACUGGCUCAUAAACCCUUCUGGCCGGGGUUUGAUGCCGGUGUGAACCCGCUGGGCGUGGCCAAUCAGUCGCCGGGCGCGAGUAUCGGCAUGAACUGCUUCAGCGCCCCGCCCACCGUCUCCACGUCUCCCAUUGGCUCGCCCUCAAUGACGUCAUCACUUUCCACUUGCCCCUACGGCUCUGGCGCCUACGCCGCCUAUGCUGUCCGCCCGGACCAAUGCCCUUCGAUGUCUUCUAGCAUUGCGAGUUUGAGGCUUAGGGCUAAGCAGCACUCGGGGGGCUUUAGUGUGCCUGUGGGGGCUUAUAGCCCAGCUGCGGUUAGCGCGAGGUCGCAGACUGGAAAUAUGGCAGCGUGUCAGUAUGCGCCGACUGAUAGGCCGCUCGUGUGAGGGGAAAGAGGAGAGGGGUGGGGAAGAGAGAGAGAGAGAGAGAGAGAGAGAGAGAGAGAGAGAGAGAGAGAGAGAGGAGAGAGGGAGGGGAGAGGGGGUGACCGAUGGGAUGGGUGGGAUGAGAGGACCCUGUGACUGAUGGCUAAGGAGUUUGGGAGAGGAUCAUGACGCGACAUCAUUAUGGUAGGAAAGGGUAGGAGAGAGGGAAACCCUUUGACUAAAGGGAGGAGAGAUGGAGGGCCUUACUCGUUAGUCGUUACCAAUAUAUUUGUGUCUUGAGGGGGCAUGAGAAUCCCUGUGGCAAAUUGGUGAAGGGAAUAGGAAAGAGUGGUUCAAACUCCCUAACGCUCUCUCUCGUUCUCUCUCCUCCCUCUUCCCUCUCGCACCUCUGCCACAACUUGUACAUAAGCCUGGUUACCAUAACAACCGGAAGCGAUCGACAAUCGAGAUGAACGAACGGUUCGCAACGACGGGCUGGCGACAGCAGCGAACCUAGCGGCAAUUGUGUGUACUAGUAGUUCAUUUGCAAUGGCUGGGGCUGACAGAGUGCGCUACUGCCGCUGCUCCUCCCAAAGUGUGCCGUGAAAGGGGGUGGGACUGGGAGUGUUAUUUGUUUCACUUUUCGCUCUAUAUGACUUUCCAUGAUGCAUCCAGCACCCAUUUUCCGCCCUUCAAUGCUUCUUUCAUCCUCUGCUGUUCAUAUUGCUACAAGUGUGUGUAAAUAAGUGUUUAUUCCAUUCUCUGGUGAAAAUCAACCUUGCAUACCUAUUCACUUUUCUCAUCGCUCGCUUUCUCCCUCUUGCCCUCUCUCCCUCUUCUCUCCUCCCUCUUCCCUUCUGGGGCACGCUCGCUGGCGCGGCAUUGUAUGAUAUUAGGAUAAUUCCAUUCGCCGUUAGCUGCGAUUCCGUUUUCGACGUGUGCGUAUGCUAGGCCCGAUUUGCGUGUGUGUUUGCGUUAGUACGUACGAUUGCGUGCAAAUGUACGGUGUGCGAUGCGUGCACCAUAUACUUGCAAUGCGUGCAAAUGUGCAACAUGGGACAGAGAGCAGUCCCCUGCAACAUGGCGCGCGUCUCUUGCAACAUGCGUACACAACGUGCAAUGCGUGCAACAUUGCGUAUAGUGCAUGCGCUUGACGUGCAAUGGCACACUCUGGUCUAGGAAAGCGCCAGAGAGAGACUAAACCUUGAGCUGAUCGCGAAUCACGACGUCUAAGCCUCUGGUUUGCCGAGAAGCUCGUAUAAACUCGGACAUCAGGCAACGACUGAUAGCGACUUGCUGUUAGGUGUUUAUAUUGCUGUGUGACGUCAUGGGGACAGACGAGCUUGUGACGUCAUGACAUGUGUGACGUCGUCUUACGCGAGAGCGAGUUGUUCUGUGUUGAACUUUGUGAGCUUCCGUGGCUUCUGUUUUGCGUCUGUUGUGCUCCCUUUUUAACACCAUCUUCCCCGCCCGUACUGCUGUUUUAUUUAAUUUUACCGUAUUUAUUCACCACUAUUUAAACCACUAAUUUAUUUUACAAACCAACCUAUUUUCGUCUGUGCCAUUCAAUCGAAGUUUUGGAUUGUUCCAAGCGCGAGGCACGACUGUUUUAUUAUUGGAAGAUGUAAUUAUGAAAUCACAACUCACAAACCGCAAACUGUGCCAUGCUUUUAAUGUGAACCCUCCUGCGAAGUUGCGGGAUAAAAUUGUGCCAACGAGUUUCUCAGCGAUUUGUGUGUGUCCUGUAGAGCACCAAUGGUGUUGCGUUUUGUAUAUUCCCCUUGUACGGUGCUGCUACACGAAAUUUGAGCGAGUUGGACUUGUGCCAAAGUGCGGCAAUCUGCCCGUUGCUAUGUACUUUGAAUGAUGGCAGCGCUUUAAAAAAGACAUCGCGUGGUUUCUUGUGAGUUGAAACGAAUCGUUGUGAGCUCGAGUGUUUGUUUGAUGGUAAAUGAACACAGAAAAAUGAUG